GCCACGGGCCGUUGGAGCCGCAGCCGAGCCGCCAGCCACUUGGAACGAGCUCGCCGCCGCCCCCGGAGCCGCCGAGGCCAGCUGGGCGGCGCUGCCCCGCGGCGGGAGAGAGGAGGCUGCAGGAGAGAGGAGGCGGCGGCCGGCCAGCCCGCGGCGCGGCUCGGGGCGUACCGUCUCGCGGCCCGGGAGCCACGCGAGCUUCGCGCCCGCACGCACGAGCCGCGACUCGCGCCUCCCUCGGCCUCCGGCCUCUCCGCCCCCACCCCCGCCCCCGCCCCCUGGCCAGGGCCGCGCGGCGGCGGCGGCGGCGGCCAGAGGAGCAGCAUGAAUCUGCGGCUCUGCGUGCAGGCGCUCCUGCUGCUCUGGCUCUCCUUGAGCGUGGUGUGUGGAGGGCCCCUGCUGCAGACUUCUGACGGGAAGGGGAUGGAGGAAGGCACCAUCCGCCACCUGGUGCAGCCCAGAGGGCCGAGGAGCGGCCCAGGGCCCUGGCAGGGAGGUCGGAGGAAGUUCCGCCGCCAGCGGCCGCGCCUCUCCCAUAAGGGCCCCAUGCCUUUCUGAAGCAGGACUGAAGGGGCCACCACGUGUCCGCCCCCCAUGAUUCUCUCUACCCCUCCGUCGAUCGGCCUGCUUCUCUGGAGCCCUCCCAUCCGUUCGCCUCAUCUGGCCCCUGUUCUAGCUGCUGACGGUCCGGCUCUUCUCCCCCACCAGCAUCCCCGAAUGGAUUGGCGUGCUCCUGCCCCUAGCAAGGACCCAUUCAGUGCCCCCUCGUGACUUGGGAGACCCUGCACUGGAAGGCCGUCCUUCCUCUCCGCAGCCCUCCCUCUGCUCUAGUCCCUACCUCUUGUGUCCAAUACCCUAACAUCGAACCCUUCUCUCGACCCUUCCUGCCUCAGGUAUGCCCUGGGGGCUGGGUGGAACCCGCCCUUCUUUAACGGGCUCCAGCAGAUUCCACGGUUUCGCAUCAGCACUUCCCCCCCAGGCCUCCAGAGGGGCAUAGAGAGCGGAGCAAUGAGAGACUCCAGUGAGAGGGACGGGGUCAUUGGGAUGCAGACAGGGUGCCUUGGGGGCAUGGGAACGGGGGCUUGGCGAUCUGGCGAAGGGGGAGUGAAGCAGCGGAGAAGAGGAGGAAUAGCUACUGUGGCCUCUUCCUCAUCCCCAUGUUUGGCCCGGUUGAGGAAGAGGUGAAGGAGAGGGGCCGCGAAGUACUUUGUCACUUCUCUCGCCUCACUGUGCCGCCUAGCAGUCCCUCCCACUCACUCCCGCCCCCGCCCCCCCCAGUUGGUUCAAGCUCCAACUCAGGAGGGGAGGGUAUGCGCCUCAGGUGGCUCUGUACCCUCCCAGGAGCAAAAGCCAACUAGGAUGAUUGGUUUUGCCAAGAAUCACAGACGAUCAGAGCCAAAAGGAACUUGGAGUUCACUUAGCGCCACCUCCUUAUGCAAACUCCUGCAGAAACGGAGGCUCGGAGAGGGAUGGUGACCUGCCCAGUGCCACUGCAGAGCCAGCACGAGGGCCCAGGUCUCCGAACUCCCACGUGAUGAUGCCCUCUUCUUGACGAUGUCUUCCAAACCCAUUAAGUGCCUUUUCCCGGGGUUGGGGCUGGGGGUGGCCAGGAAGGGAGAGGGGGCCGGCUGUGAACUGCCCCAUGGUGGGACGGAGCUGUUCCCUCCUCCCUGGCCUGCCCCUUCUGGUCCAUUCCCCAACCCGGCCUGGAAAGUUCCGUGACUGGCCAGCUGCCCCAAUUCCUUGCAGCACUCCCAGACCCUGGGUAUUUUCAUAGGGGCAGCUCGGGCACCGAGACUACCAGGAAUCAGGAGGUGGCCUUAACCAAUUGGACUCAAUGGCUUUCCCUUCACGUUGACUGGACCCUCUUCUCCCAGUGGCCUUUCCCUGAGGAGGCAGGGAGUGGGGAGAAGAAGAAGGAAACAAAGAAGGAAGGAAGGGAGGGGGGAAGGAAGGAAGGAAAGAUGGGAGGAAGUGUAGAUCUCAGCAGGCUUUCUUCUCAAAGGCCUCGUGGGAGGGAGAAAAGGGAAGACAGGAGCCUGAUGGCCACCUAUGUACGUGUGGGGCAGGGGGAGUCACGGCCCCCGGAGUCCCAGAGCAACCCCAACGUUUGCCUACCCGCCCCUCCCCCUUCCCUCCACUGCUGCUAACGCUGCUGCUACUGCUGCUUUAAGGCCACCCUGGGGAGCCAGGCUGGGCACCUGCCACCCCCCCAAACGCCCCUCAGCCCAGAGUGGGGUCUGGCCAGUGUCCAGAAAGCCUCUUCUGCCACGGAUGUCCCCACUGGGGCUGGGCCUUCUUCCCCCUCUUCCUUUCUGCAUCUCCUGUCGCAUCGGUUGCCCAGCCCAGGGGGAAGGGCGUGGGUGGGCUGUGGGCAGCGGGAGAGGGACGGCUGGGAAAGUCUGGAGACCCAGGGCAGUGGAGGUGCUGAGGGGCCGUCUUAUUUAAAGUGGUUGUGUAGGAUUCUUCUACUAAUUUAUACAAAGUUAUUAAGGCGCUUUUCAUUAAGAAGUCGUCCCUUUCCCCUAAUUGUGUUCACUGUGUUUGUAAAGAUUGUUCAGUGUAAAUAUGUCUUUAUAAUAAAGAGUUAAAAGCUGACAAUUCGCCCUUACUCUUGGAGGUCACGUUCAGGAAGGGCACACGUCUCUGCUGAGAUCCAUGGUCCGCCCCCCCCCCACCCCCCGUGCCCAUGAACUUCAUGUGCAGGGAGGGAAGUGUCUGCCUCCUAAAUCGGUUCCAGGUCCAAUGGCUUCAAACUAAUUUGCCGCAAACUCACAAAAGGAAUCCCUGUGCUUAAUGACCAGUUCACAUAAAAUGCAGUCCACUUUUAAGUGUUUUGGCAUCUGAGUGUCCUAAUUUUGGGUUUUUUUUGCAGUGUCCUUUGAAGGAUCUUUAAAAAAAUUUAUUUAAGAACAUUCUGAUUAAAGGUGGGAUUUCUACUAAAAAUUGUUUUAUAUCUUUGGUGUGUGUCUUCUUCUAUUUUUAUCUACUUUUGAACACUCUCGGGACUUUGUAGCCAGUUACCGUUCUUGAGAAAUGUUCUGUUUCCUGCAAUAAAUACAUUUGGUAAUGAC